GCACUUUGUAUACGUUAGCAAUCGCUCGAGCACUCAGUAACUCAGUCAGUGACAACUCGUCGUGCAAGCCACUUUCACGUUCGAAUAUUAAAAAAGGGGGAAACUCGGAGAGAGAGAGAGAAAUCUCGCAUUUUGCGCCACUAAUCAACCAGUAAACUAAUCGCCGUUGACAAAACUAUACACUCGAUAAGGCGGUAUUUACAAACACAUUCACGAUAAGUCGGGCGCGUGCUUUCCAACCUUUUUCUUACUUCUUCCUUUCCUUUCUUGAAGGAUACGUUUGUGUGAGUGGUAAAGGGAUUUGUGUGUGUGUUACUUUUGUGUAAUAUGGGUAUAUCUGGAGGCACUAUGACGCUGCUGAGUACGUUGGCUGCUUUGGUAAUCAUUGUGCACACCGCUGAAGAGGAAUACGAAAGGGCCCAAGGAGGUCUGAGAGCCAGGUCGCUGGAUUUAGAUACAUCCAACUAUGAUAAGGCUUGGCGAGCGUCAGAAUUAGAUCCAAUUUUAAUUGCACCAUUGGAGCAAACUUAUAACAGCUCACCGGACGGAGGGACUAAAUACAGAAGAUCGCGACAUAAAAGGAAACGUCGACCCACGACUUCCGACGAUGACUUUGUUACACAUGAACGACAGUAUCGGGGAGACAUACGUCCUCAUACCCAUCAAUACUUCAUCAACCAUCCAGAUUUAAGAGGGAAAAUAGAUGAGAAUAUGAGAAUAGAACAUAGAAACGGGGGUCGCAGACAAACCAGAUAUGGCCAUCGACGUAAAAAGCCUAAACUUGCAGAAAAUAGGCCAAGAUUAAGUGAAUUUGAUGACAUAAGAUCAGACGAUGUUAGGGAAAACAAUGAAAAUGCUUCAGUAGAUGACGCAAGUGAGGUAAACGACAAAAGCAUAGUAGAUAGACAUGACGAAACACAUUUUAGUACAGAAGAAACAAGUAACGAUCGCUCCACAGAAUCUACUAGAUAUAUUGGUAAAAUUAAUCGCGCGCAAACACAUAACGACAAAUCUAUAAAUUCAAUGUCUGAAUUUUCUUUCGAAACUCAUCAAAAACCCGAAUUAACAAUGGCAAAAAGGCCGAUUCGCCAACAGGUAACGAAACAUACAACUCCGGUAUCAAAAGAGAAAGAGAAAGCAAGAGAAAAGGGAAAUCAACCCAUUGACCCUUCAACGUUGAAGGCAAUUUUAAAGAGAUCCAACGGAAAAAGCUUAAGCGAAAUACUUCAACAAAACAACCUUUCUUUGCACGAUUUACUACAAGGAAAAGAAGAAGCAGUUUCUAAGCUUAUCACAAAUAGGCAAAUGGAUAAUUAUAAACAGCUUCAUGAAGAAACUCCGGAUUCAGUCAUUCAUUUAGAGGAAAACACUGAACCAACAUCUGUGAUUGAAAAUGAAACUGAAUCAAUAUUAGUAGGCCAAUCAGAUGAAAUGGAAGAAAAGAAAGACAAUACUAGAUACGAAGAUAUAGAAUUCAUCACUACAACCACUAUAAGUGUGACUGAUGAUUUAGAAGAAUUAGGAAUAAAAGAAAAAGAUGAAGUAAUUGAGAUAUUAACAACAUCCAUGCCAAAACAUACAACAGAAGAGAUCGACUAUGAUACCUUUUUCAAGCCAACUACAAGACGACGGUAUCCAUUUAAACCAAGGCGGAAAAUUAGGAGACGACCAUUAAAUGCCAUCGGUUAUAAAGGACAGCUAAGCCGCGAUUUUAUGGCUUUAACAUCGAAUAAAAAUACGACAACAGAAUGGAUGGAGUUAUUGCCUUCUAAUGUUAAAACAAGAAUGGAUGAACCAUCAGUACAUUGGUCCAGUUCUCAAGAAAACUCAACAAGUUUAGAUUUGACACAACCAAUUAGCGCUCAAGAACAGUAUUCAAUUACAGAUCAUGAUGUGUCAAUUUCUCCAACGAAGAACUCCAGUGAACUUUUAAUAAAAACCACACAAGACACUUCGAAUACAAUAUUUUCCGAAAGUGAAUUGAACAUAACAAAUACCACAACAUCUCUUAUUGAUCAAGUAGAUAUAAUUCAGACUACACCUUUAACAGAAGAAAAAGCAAGUACAACAUCUGAAAAAUCCACUACUUUAGAUGAUUCCAAAACAACGAGAACAACAAUCAAUUCUUAUAAUUCAAGAAGACAAGCACUAGGAAACAGAUUAAAGAAAAAACGGAUGAAACAAAAGAAUUCAUCAAACGAAUCGACAUCAGAUAUUCCAAUUCAAGAUAUUAGCGGAAUAGCUAAUGUAAUACCUGUAUCAGAUUUUAUAACAAAAUCUCAAUCGCCUUCUGACGAAGAAAAAAUCAGUUUACCGUCAACUUUAACAACCAAUCUGUACACAAAAUCCGUGGUCAAUAAUUACAGAACGACAAAGUUUUCCAAAAUGAAGACGACUACAACUGCAACGAAACCGCCAACAACAAUUAGAGAGAACACAGCUAAAUAUGAAAUUGAAGAAAUAUUAAACGACACUGAGACCAAUGCUCGACUUUCUAAAAUACUCAUGGAGAGAAAUAUGACUCUAAAUGAAUUAGUACAACAUAGGGAAAGAGGGUCCAGCCAUGUUCAUUUAGCUGAUAUAUUCCAUAAUGCCUCUAAGGAACCAAAUCCACCUGAGCCAUUUCUAUCAAAAUCAUUUAUAGAGCCAAUUUCCAAAGAAACAUAUCCAUUGAGAGCGAUAUUAGAUGCGAAUUUGCAUGAUUCUAAAGCAUCAGGUAUAGAUGCAAACAUUUUACACGAAAAUUUUCCAAAUAUUCCAGUAGUGAUGAACUAUGGCAAUAACGUUAAUGAAAACGGAGAAAAUAUGGGUAUAAUGUCAUUAUUUAAUAACAUUACUCAAAAUAAGGAAUUACAUGAUAGAAAGAGUUCUAGUAAUGAUAAAAUGAAUACGAAUGAAGACCAAACCUUAAUGAAUUUACACAAUGAAUCAAGAGAAGGACGACAUUUAAAGUCAGAUAAAGAUUUAGUUACCUGGAACGAUAUAUUUGAACUAGUACGUAGAAAUAGGACCCAAUCUGCAGAUCCAGAAAUCCUAAAACCUCGUCACUUGGCUAAAUCGGAAAUAUUAGAAAAAAUCCUGCUUGAAGAGGACGCAAAGAGUGAUGGUGCUAUCGUUUUAGAAGACUUACAACAUAUGAAAGACAAUAACGCAGCAUCGUCCAGCGAGGAAAACGUCGAGGUUAAACUAUUAGAAAACAUUGAGACGAAGAAUCCGCCGACUACAAACACGUCAAGCCACGUAAAAUCAGUUACUGUAGUAACGGCAAGUAUUAUUGGUUUAGGUCUGGUUUUGUUUUUACUCACAUAUACAGCCUUUAAAUGGAAACAGCAGAGUAAAAUUUUAGAAACUAAAAACUGUGUUCAUGAAGAGCGAAUACCGAGUCCUGUGUUUGAGAACAGACAGGGUAAGAACAAUAGUAGCACGCGAAGUAAAAGUCCAAUGCUCUCAUCAAACAUCUAUGCGAUAGAUUCGAUUGAUCCUCACCAUGGAGCUGAGUCACCUGAAUACAUGUGGGACAGUCUAAGGAAACCAUUUCAAUAAUAAGUAAUGCAUUUUUAUUUGUAAGAUUAGACUGAUAAAUAUGUAAGUGAUAGCCAACAUAUUAUUAUGCGUGUUAUAAAUUAUUUCAUUAUUGUAUUUUGAUGUUCUAUGACAAAUUUAAAGGUAAUUUGAAAUUAAUAGGUUAUUACAGAUUAAAAUGUUUAAUAAUUAUAUAAAAUUCAUUGUAAUAUGUAACUCUGGGGCUUGUAAUAAGUUGAGAUAUAGUAGGUAUUUCACAGAGAAUUAUUUGUGGAAUGAUGAUACAAAAAAAAACAAUUUAAUUGAAAGAAUUUGAUAGAAUUACUCCUGUGGAUAACUAAAAUCAAUAUGGUAAAGUAAGGUUAAAAAAUUCAUGUUAUAAGCAACAAUUAGUUACAUCAAUAUACUGUCCCAAAAAAAUCAAAGUAUUGUCAAUUAAAUUAAUAAUAUUACUUAAGUAAGUUUUGUAAUAAUCUGGUAAUACGCCAUAUAAAUGAAAUUAGAGUUUAUUAAACAAACAAUUCAAUAUAUAACUGUAAAAUAAUUUCCUUAGCUGGCUAAGUUACUUUAAUUAUUGUAUUUUACUACAGUAUUAUGUAGCAAGUGCAAUAAAUAAUUAAAAUUUACAAUAAAAAACUAUAUUUUUUAUUUGUUA